AUGGAGCCCAACGUGCUUUGCAUGAGCACAGCGGACCGGCUCGCGCAAGCGCGCUCGCGCUCACGCUCACCCCUGAACUGCGAGACAAAGGAGGAUCUGCUGACCGCUCCAGUGCUUUGCUGCGUAAUCCUCGGAGGGCCUGGAAGUGGCAAGUCACUUCUCGGGAGGAGCCUGCAGCAGCGCUUUCCUGGCUUUCUUGGCAUUUCCUGCGGGGAUCUCGCUCGCCGGCUAACUUUUUGUGACAAGUCACCUUUCCUGAAUUCAGUGGCCAAGCAGCUCAAAGACAGGCGCCGACGGAAGAAAGCUUUUGGGCGUGUCACAGAAAUUGUGAUCAAAGUCGUCGCCCGGGCUGUCUCCUCUGGAGCCUUCUGGGGGAUCAUAGUGGAUGGCUUAAGGGACCACGAGUUACCAGAUUUCGAGUCUGCCCUGGGAUCCCGGUACACUGUGCUGGCGCACCUCUCCUGUCCCUCAGAUGUGAUGUUGUCACGUCUCAGCUCACGGCAGGAUCGGGAAGGAGACGACCGGUUGGGUUUGGCAGAGACAGACAACUCGGGGCGUGUGCAAACCUAUCUGGAGCGGGCGACCGAAGAGACAAAGAAUCUCAGGGCCUAUGCAGAGGCUACUCCCUCGCGAGCCUUCUUCGACCUGGAUGCAACGCUUCAGGCCCCGUCCUUGGUGGAGGACAUGGUCGCUCGCCUGAAGGCCUUCGCCAAGUCCAACGGGUUUUCCCUGGAUGCGCAGACUGCGCAGACAGAUACCGCGUCCGUAGAUUGGGAGUUGCACAUAUUGGAGGUUGCUAGCCGGCUUGAUCGGGAGUUUCAUCCAGAUGGAAAGCCCCGUAGCAAGCACAACGAAGCUGGGUGUGAAAAGGCAAUGCGCCACCGAUAUCUUGGCUCAGUAUGUAGCUGGAACAACCGGCAAAGUGGGCCACAGGGGCCUACAAGCAGCCUGCAGCAGGCUGCACCAUCGGGAGCUCCCAAGACCAGGAUGGCUGUCUACUUCGCUCCGACCUCGGCAGUGCAGAUAUCAGGCAAGAAAAAGGGCGUGCGAAAGAGGACGAAAGACGACUUCAAAGCCAAACUUCCUCUCGUGCUGCGGUAUCCAAAGCUCUUCAAUUUGUUCUGUGUGGCGGUGUACUUUGCUGUCGGCUUCGUGGUGCUCUCUUCACAGGAAGACUGGGAGCCGUCGACUGUUCUGUACGUCGUCGCGCAAAUUGUGACAACCAUUGGCUACGGCGAUGUGACAGUCCACCAUGGAGGAAAAGUGUUUAUGACGCUCUACGUGCUGCUGGGGAUACUGCUUGUGGCAGAUGCCAUAAACAACUUCUUUGACACCGUGCUCGACAAGGCCGAGACCGAGCUUGAGGACGUGAUGAAGAACGUUGAGUCGGCGGUUGGCGGGACAUCGCCAGACCCUUUCAGGGGUCCGACUCCGAGGCAACAGGCAUGGCUUGAUCUGACGAUAGCUGCGGUGACCUAUGCGGUCUCGGUGCUCAUCUGGGUCGCAUUCUUCUCCACCUACGAAAGCUGCACUUGCGUCGUUGGUGGUCAGCACCUGCCGGGCUGCGUGGAAGAUGAUUGCGAAGCGACCGGAGGCCAGAUCCUCACCGCCGUAGACGCGACAUACAUGGCAGUCAUAACAUUCUCCACGGUUGGCUUUGGCGAUUUCACUCCAUCAACCUACCUGGGUCGAAUCCUGGGCUCUGUUUGGAUGGUGAUGGGAACGCUGGCCUUCGCCAACUUGGUUGGAGCGGUAUCCAAAGUCCUGCGUGGAAAACGCAGGGAGUAUUUCAAGAAGUGCGUGGUAACACGAGAUAUGUUCAAGAUCAUUGACGAGGACGGUUCUGGUAAAAUCGAUCGUCUGGAGUUCCAUAAUUGGAUUCUGGUCAGAGAGGGCAAGGUCGCUCGCGAAACGCUGGAGCAGAUAGACAAGCUUUUCGACUCUCUGGACAGGGACGGCAGUGGCAGACUGACCUUCGACGAAAUCAACGACAAGUUCGAGAAAGAUCCGGCACCCAACACUAGGUUUUCCUGGGCCAAGGACAGCUCUGGCGGCAUCUGGGACGACUCGGAAGGUCUCUCGGACCCAUGGUCCAUGUGGGGCACCAAGCCAUACUGGGGCUCCAAGCAGUCAGAGAGCAUCUCAAUGCCAGCUUCACUUCGACAACUCAGCAAUUGGAGGUGGGAUUCUAAAUUCACGGCUUUCGGCGAGUAUUCCGAGCAAUCGGAGUAUUCAAGUGACUGGAGCCAGGAGCAGGUGCUGUCCACGAACAUCCAGCGAAGCCCGAACCAGCCUUGGCAGACCGGCAUGACCAUGUUCGCUUCGCUGCCUUCCGAGCCUCGAGAAAUCCUGGUGGUGAACAGCAAAAGCAGUGGAUCCUACGAAUCCCUUUGUCGGGACUCUCAAACAGCCGACGUUGUGGCCUUCGAUUCGGAGUGGGUGCCGGACUUCGGAUACGGCUCAGACAACCCCAUCUCGGUCUUGCAGCUGGCAUUUCCAUCUUCACAACGAGUCUAUGUGGUGCAGCUCGGCCCUUUGGGCAAGAAGCUUCCGCAGGCCUAG